AAAGAUGAGCAGCUCUUUCUAUGCCUACAUGGUCCUCUUUUGCCCUAUAUAAUCUUGGACUUCAUGGUCCCAUUGUUGUAUUCUUCCUGCAAAGAGUCAGUGCAAGAAUAUGGAGGGAUCAAUCAUUUCGAAAACCUAAAACCUUUUGAAUCCUUCCAUGUUUGAUUGAAAAACAAGAGAUUAGUUUUGGCUGAGUUUAAUUUACUGAACCAGUAGGCACCAUGGCUUCCUCUCACCAACAAUCAAGAAGGCUGGUGAGUGGGAGAGAGCUCCAAGGUCAGAGGCCUUCUCCUCUGAUGGUGAACAAAGGCUCGAGAAAGAUCAAGAAGGCGCACCAUGUUGCACCGCUGCCUCCUUCCGUUCCUUACCGCCCUCCGGUGAUAAUUUACACACGAUCGCCAAAGGUCAUCCAUGCGAAGGCGCAUGACUUCAUGACCCUGGUGCAACGCCUGACCGGUUCAUCAUCGUCGUCAUCAUCAUUAUCAUCAUCGUCAUCUUCAUCUUCAUCUUCUUCUUAUUCUUCUUCUUAUUCUUCUUCUUCUUCGUCUUCUUUUUCUUCUAAUUCUCUGCUGUUCUCUUCUUAUAAUAACCAGUAUGGACCUAAUGGCCACACUCCUCUCUCAAACUUUGACCUAGACCAAGUUCAAGACCCAGGAAUUGAAGUGAGGGGCAAUCCUUUUCCCCCAACUCAAGAAACCAUUUGCCCAGUUUCUCCAUCUCCCACUCCUAUCUCCCCUUGCUUACUUCAACCUUCACCAUCUGCAAACCCUAGUUUCCAUGAUUUCAACUCAACUCUCUACACUCCUUGUUUUGAAGAUGGCUUUUUGAUCUCUCCUCCUAUGUUCAACUCAAAUAAACCAUUGGAUUCAAACUCCAUGACUCUUUAUUCAGACUCUCCCUCUCCAAGCCUUGAUUUCUUUGAUCAUUUAUACCUGCCAUAGACCCAUUGUCUUUGGUAUUAGGUUAGAGAAACCCAUGUCUUAUUUUUCCUUCAAUUUCGCCAUCCAUGUUUUUGGUAAUCCACCCUAGAGAAUGGGGUUGGAUCAACCCACAACAUUGGGUGGAUCACUAAAUAUGUGGGUGGCCAAACUGACGUACAAAAUAAAUUAUAGCCUAGGAGAAGCAAGUGGAAAUGGACUAUACUUAACAGAUGUUUAUUUCUUGCGUUGUCAUUGUGUAAUCAUUCUGGAUGCAUUUGUCCUUUUUAUUUUCGUUAUAUUGGUGGCUUUUCUUAAUCCAUUCUAUAAUCCACAAGUCUCUAUGUGUGUUUGUCCUUUGUGUGCCUUUCAACUUUGGGUAAUGUGAUCCUCACUGUAAAAUUGUGAUGAAUGCUUCAAAUUCAAUGUUGUAAAAUAUUGGGUAGUUGCAAAA